UCUGUCUAGUCUUCAAAAUAUAGUGUUGAAUAUAGUUCUGGUUUCAUAAAAGUCAAACUAAUCGAGGAUAUUUGCCAAAAAGUGCAAGAUAAUGGUCGGGGUUUCAAUUUUUUUCGGAGCCAUCGUGAUUUUUUUGGCACAUGGUGGAUAUGCCAAUAAGACGGAUUGCAAUGAGACUGCUACUACUCCGGUUUACAUUCCCGAUUGGAACGGCGUCAUAACGGGAACCCAAAAUUUUGCUUUCCGCGUUAUAGAGAAAUUGUCAAGAAGGAAUACUAAAAAAAGCAAUAACUACCUGAUGGCGCCGUACAGUCUUUGGCUCUCAUAUAUGAUGCUAUAUUACGAAUCGCAAGGAGAAACUCAAACGGAGUUAGGUGGCUUAUUGGGAGCCUUUAUCACUUUGAAUAUAACAAAUAUGGCUGAUUUCUACAACGAUAGGCGUGGACUUCUAAAUUCUACUUCUUCCGAAUUCGAGACAGCCUCCUUUCAGGGAUUUUUUAAGGCCAAGGAAUAUUCUUCCACAAGCAAAUAUAAUCUUGUGUACUUCUACGCCGAUUUGGGACCGUGGUCACUGGACACUUUUAGGUCAGAUAAUAACCAUAAUAUAGCUAGGGCUAUAAACCAAGAAAUACGGCGAUCAACUAAAGGUCAUAUAGAACCUGAUAUUAGUAGAAAAAAUUUAUUUGUGGAAAGACUCAUCCUGGUCUCUGCCUUUUACUUCAAGGCCAAGUGGCAGAUCGCGUUUGACAAGAGCCUGACGAAAUUGGAGGACUUUCACCACGAGACAAACAACAAGGAAACCUCAAAGAAGCACAUGAUGAACCAGAUCGGAGAUUUUGCGUAUGUCAAGGACUUAAGCGGAUUGAAUGGGGAUGUUCUGGAGCUUCCGUACGCCACAACAACCAUCAGCUUAACCGAAUCGGAUUACAUAUCCGAUGAGGUUCCCUACGGUACAAAAAACUUAAGUUUAGUGAUGCUCGCUUUUCUACCCAAUCACGGCUAUAGUAUCUUCGACAUUUCCGUCAAUCUCGGAAUUCUGGGACUGCCGUUAGUCCUAGAAAAGCUGGAUGGUUUUAGAAACACAGCCAAGAACAACCAAGUGGAGGUCAAGAUUCCCAAAUUCGAUCAACAAAAUGAUUAUACGCUUAUAGAUUUUACGGCAGAGAUAGGAGCCCCGAAUGCCAUCAAAGAAUCUACUGCAAAUUUUACCUUCCAAAACUCUGACAUUCUUAAGCCUUUCCUCUCGUCUUUCUACCACUAUGUCCGUUUCGCCGUAGACGAAGAAGGCGAGCCUGGAACAGUUCCGAAGCAUUCAAAGGACAACAAGGGUACAGUCAAGUUUCACUUAAACCGACCCUUCCUGUAUAUGGUCGUGGAAAAAGGAAUGGGCGUGAUCCUUCUUACUGGCGCGAUGCGGGCUUAGGAUUCGAAUCAUUUAUGUACACAAUAUUAAAUGAAAAGCGUUUUAAUGAAUUUUGUUGGAAAAUAAAAACUAGCAUCUGCACGUUUAA